GCGGACAGUCAAGUUUCGCUCUGAAUGAAAUUUUGUACUUUUUUGCAUAUUUCCACGUUUCCAAUAUUUAUGUGCAGAUAAACAUGCCACUUUCCUAAUAGAGAGUUCAGCUGAGAUAUUUUGCAAUAAUGGAAGUGGACGAGGAUCAUGUCCAAACGCUGUUAAGCAUGGGGUUUCCCAGUGAACUUGAUGUGAGGAAAGCCUUGCGCCUAGCUAAAAACAGCCUCAAUGAUGCAGUUGCAAUUUUAACAAACGAUCAUCCGACACAAAGUUUUGAUACUUUAGAUGAUAUUGAAAUGAAAGAUAUAGCCAAGGGUUCAACAGUCCCAGUAUAUGGCCCAAACUUACCACCCUCCUAUGAGGAUGUUGAAACUGAGAAACAGCUUACUGAAGCAAUGGAUGACACAACUGCAGGAGAAGGAGCACAGGAAGAAAGUAACCCAUAUGAAUUUCCUGUGACUAAUUUAUACGAGCUUGAGGGUCGAGUCUUCGCUGAACAUUGGUCUAUACCGUACAAGAAAGAAGAAUCUUUAGGAAAAUGCCUGGUUGCUGCAGCAAACUUAGCAGAAGCAGGUUUGAUGGACAAUGAUGAGAAUUGUUCUAGAUUUGUAAAUAGAGUGAUGACAGAUUCCUUCCAGAAGUUGAUGAAUUCUAAUGCGGUACAUCGUUGGAACACAGAGAUACAGGAGGGUAUCUACAAUAUGUUGCAGUUAUUGAUAGACCUUGUAGCGGCCAGACUUCAGCAUCAACCUGUUCAUUUACAUCUCAUGGAUCUUCUAGCAAUGGCCUUCAACCCAGAGACGGAGUUUCAUUACAAGAACAAAAGUCGACGAGAUCGCACUGCCUGGGAGGAGAAGUUUGAGGGUGGGGUACCAUAUUCUAAAGUUGAGAAUAGCAAUUUCAAAGACCCACAUGGAUGGCUGACCUUUCUUAUAAACAGGUUUGCAAUGAAGGGAGGGUUUGAUCAUAUUAAGAAGAUUUUGGAGACGGAGGAACUUGAUGCUCCUUCUAUAGCAGCAUUACUCAGAUCUCUAGGUGUGUGUGCAGAGUUCCUGGAUAAGGAGAUAAUGAAAUCACUACUGACAAAUGGAAUGGAAUUGUCGAUCAAAUAUGUGCAAAAUCUUGCUGAAAAAGACUUCAAAGAGAAGAAAGUGGGCAGUGUAUCUGAUCUGCUGGCAUCUAUGAAGUUGUUGUGUAUGAAUAUAUGGCCAAAUGAUGUAGAGGCCUUGGAUGAAUUACGACUAGAUAUUGCAUUACGUAUGCUGAAGUCUCCACACUUCAAUGCUAAAAUGAAUUCCCUGAAAGAGGUGACAAAGCUGAUUGAAGAUUCCACAAGUACAAAGAAUCCUCGUCAGAAAACUGCCAUUCCAGCCAAUAAGAUACAGGACUGGUUAGUGGAAAAUAAAGUACUGUCCAUAGCAUUGGAAGGGAACAUAGAUCAAGCUCAAUACUGUGAUAAGAUUAAAGGUAUUGUAGAUUUUCUGGGAACAGAUCUCUCUUCAGAUGAACUCACAAUGAUCUGGAAAAUGCAGUUAUCUCAGACAAACAAUGUGAUAGACAACAUCCAUUCUAUCAUUGCUGCUGCUGCUGUGAAGUUUGAUCCAAACCAACUAGAACAUCUCCUUCUCCUUAUACAGAAAAAAUGGCAAGAAGAGAAUGACAAAUCACGAGAGAAACUUCUCAGUCUCAUUGGCAAAAUAGGCAGAGAUGCAAAAAUACCCAAAACUACAAAUCAGGUUUUACAGCUACUAUGGGACUUGUCCCAUCUACCUGCAUUGUCUACACAUCUGAUAGAGCUGGCUCUAGAGGAACAUUUAGCAAUACUUAAUGACUCAUACAUUGUCAAAGAUCAGGUGAAGAGAAACUAUGUCUCCAAAUGUGUGGAAGAUAUUAAAAAGGGUGUUUGUGUUCUACCAACAUUGAAACAACUUCAUCAGCUGAGCAAAAACAUUCUCAAACACAGCUUUAAACAAGACAAGGGUAUAUUGCAUGAACUAAACAAGAACUUUGACAUCAUUAAACUUGUGACACAGAGCCUUGUAAAGUGUCAUAAACAAGCAGUGAACAGUGUAGGAGAAGGUCAGCUAGAUCAGAACACACUGGUGGACAGUAGAUACCCGCACUCAGACUAUGUGACAUCACAUUUGUCAUUUCUGCAAUAUGUUUUGCAAGAGGGUGUACUGUAUUUGCCGUGGAAUCGUGCAAGAGAAAUCUGGUCUGCUCUCGUUGCAUCUGGAGAGGCUUGUACCUGGGAUAGAGAGACAUGUUAUGAAUGGUUCAGCAAAGGUUUGAUGGACCUGGAUAAUGAGACACAGACCAAACUCUUCCAGAAUGAACUCCUUAAACUAGACCCAGCCAAGAUCAGUGAGAAAGGGUUUGGCUGUUUUAAAACAUAUUUUGAGAAUGUGAACAAGAAUGAUCACAGACUAAAGGAGUCAGGGGGAUCUUUGGUUGUUGAGAAGACAGAAUUAAUGGGUCUAGAUUUUCUCUGGGAACUUUGCCUCAAUACUCCAGAUGAAACAAUAGCAGAUAGUGCAAUACAACUUCUCCUCAACAUGUCCUAUACAAACCUAGCAUCAAGACUGAAAAAGGACCCUGUGAAUUUACAUAAGAAGUUCAUCAAUGAAUGUCAGACAAGAUUGGAGAUGGCGAUGAUAGGUGCAAGUGGUACAGCUAUAUCACAGGCAGUUCUCAGUGCCACCAAAACACUGACAGCAGUGGUUGUUCCUGAAGUGGCAAAUAUAUCUGUCCCUUCAAAAUCAAUAAAGUUGUUGAACAUUGAGAGAUUACUGUGGAUUGCAGAGAUGUAUGUACUGAACGUCGAGGAGACCCAUGUGAGCCCCAGAACAAUUCUCCCUCAUGGUGCCUCAUUUCAAGGACAUCAGAUCAACCUUUUUAUAACCUGUGAUGCACCAAAACAAGAGUUCAUGCUUGUUUGUCACAGCAAUGAAACGCUGGGAAAUGUUAAAGUGAAGAUAGCCAAUCGUUUACGACAGAGUACAGAAAACAUACAAGUUGUUGCUCAAGAAAAGUUUGUCAGCAGUGUGCUGGGUAGUAACAAAGAUCAGAAGUUAUUACAUCAGUUAGACUUUGAAGACAAUCAGACGAUCCAAGUACGAAUGGUCACACCCUCCAGUACUGCAAGUACUUCACAGUCAAAAGAGGCACCAGGGACUCCAAUGUCAAAGCAGACAUUUGACCUUGAGCAAGAGAAGAUGUUGCCAGGGGUAAUUAUGGCGGCUGGAGGUCAAGUGUUUGACAUGUUGUAUCAACUCUCAGAACUUGAAGAGACAAAGAUAACAACGCGUGUAAGGAAGUUGUUAAUGCUGAUACCCACAGACCCCGCAGUCAUAGAUGCCCUAGAUUCUGUUUCAACAAGGCUACCAACACUUGGAUCAUCAGAUGAUCUCAGUCCAAGAUCGAGCCCCAGGAAGUCAACAGCAGCACCCAGUCCCAAACAGACACCUCAGGAAACACUUAAAACUCUUUUUGACUGUUCCAGUCAAGAUAUGUCAGCUUUCAGAGUAUUGUAUAACUUGGAGGUUUUAAGUAGCAAGUUAAUGCCAACAUCUCAGGACAUGGGUUCCAAAGUGAGUUCACAAGCAUUUUUUGAAGACUUUCUUGUAGCUGGAGGUCUGUCUACUGUAGUGAAUGUGCUACAGCCUGAGUCACUCCACCAGGACAUCAACUAUGUCACAAGACAGGGGUGUUACUCUGUUUGUCUGCAGCUUGCAAGAUACCUGCUGUGUGGUCAAACUGUGACAGGAGAUCUUGCCUUCACCCCAGCCAAAGAUGACACAAAGUUAACCAGUACAGGGUCAGCAGGGGCCACAGUGGUGCCGGCCACCCCACCUGUAGGGACCCCGGUGAUUACAUUAUCCCCUCUGACUGUUGAUACCCGUACUGCAGGCAGUCAUGCUGUUCAAACAAUGGGUGUUCAUGACUUUACUGAGACAGUUUCCUGUUUUAUGAGAGUUGCUUGGGCAGCUGCAGCAGGCAAGCUCCACCUUCUCAGUUCCCCUCAGCCAAUCAGAGAAAGUGCCACUGCCUAUAGUUGUGGGAGGCGGAGCAGACAAAGUAGUACAGGAUCUCAGGGUAGUACAGGCAGUGAGAGUGAUUGUCAGAGUUUACAUGGAGGAGUGUGUGUCAAACAGAACUUUAUUUCUACCAAAGAUUGCAACAUUGCCAAAGAGGCCUUAGAAAUUCUUGUAACAUGUCUUCAACUUCGCAGUGAACUCAUUGCUGCGUUCUACACUCUACCAUGUGUAAGUGAUUUCAUUAUUGACAUUUUGGUGGGUUGCUCACAGAGUGAUAUACGUAGUGCAGCAGCAGACCAGUUUUACCAGCUCAGUCAGUCCGAAGUUACACAUCUAGAAUCAUCCAGUAACCCACAAACACCCCACCAUUUUCUGCUACAAGUACUGCUGAAAGCUUACCUUCCAUUCUGGGUCUCAUCCUCAUCAACACGUGGAGCUAGUCAGAGGUUACUAAGUCAGUGUUCUCAGUACUUUGAUCUCAGAUGUAAAUUGUUAGAAAAUCUCUCAACUGUAGAUCAGAAGCAGUACCAGGUAGAUAUAUCUGGCAUGCUGGAGGACGAGGUCGCCUGGUUAUCUAACUUUGUACCGACAGAACAUCCUGACCUGAAGGAAACAGACAAUUUACUGUUAGCAGGACAUCUAAAAUUGAUCAAAACACUGUUCACGUGUGAGGAGAUCUGCAAGGAAGAAUAUGGAAAGUCAUUAGUUCAUGAUUUACUACAUGACUUUUUGUUCCCGGCUUCAAAGACAAUGAUGGACAGUAUGAAUGGAGGAACCAAUGACCUUCUUCUUUCUGAGUUCAAUCCUAAGUGCAAUAAAACAGAGUCAAGGAUAGCAGCAUAUGAAUUGAUCACUGAACUAGCAAAUGAAUCUCUGAGCAAUUUGAAAGAUGUCUGCAGUCAACUAAUAGAGAUGCAUCACCAACCUAAUAUUGACUGUGCCAAUGAAUGGGAGUAUUUACCGCCGGUUGAUGGUCGUGCAGGUUGCGGGUAUGUUGGUUUACGGAAUGGUGGUGCCACCUGCUAUAUGAACUCGGUGAUACAACAGCUGUACAUGGUACCUGGGAUACCUGAUGCUGUACUCAGUACUGAUGAUGAGGAUAUUGAUGAAGAUAGUGUUUACUACCAGAUACAGCAGGUGUUCGGCAACCUGAUGGACAGUCGGUUACAGUAUCAUGAACCAGAGAAGUUCUGGAAGGUGUUUAAGCUGUGGGGAGAUCCGGUUAACAUCAGAGAACAACAGGAUGCCUUUGAUUUCUUCCAAGCUCUUAUAGAUCAGAUAGAUGAACAACUCAAGAAAACUGGCAAAGAAGAAAUAUUCAAGAAAAAAUUUCAGGGGAUUUUCACUGAUCAAAAAAUCUGCAAAGAUUGUCCUCACAGGUAUGAGCGAGAAGAGACAUUCACAGCAUUGAACCUGACUGUAAAGAAUGCCACGUUACAGGAUUCCCUCGACCAGUUUGUCAAGGGAGAACUCUUAGAGGGAGAUAAUGCAUACUACUGUGAGAAAUGUGGUGAAAAGAGAAAUACAAUAAAGCGUAUGCAUAUCAAAUCAUUACCACCAACACUAUGUAUUCACCUUAAGAGAUUCGGAUAUGACUGGGAAGCAAAUAGAGCUCUCAAGUUUGAUGAUUAUUUUAAGUUUCCAUGGAUACUAGACAUGGAACCAUAUACAGCAGAAGGAAUGGCACGGAGAGAUGCCGAGUCUAAUAAAGAAACUGAAGAACCGGAGCAGCAAGUGAUGGAUUCUCGGUCCGGUGAGACUCCACCAAUGGAGAUAUCCAUCAGUGUUACUCCAGAAAACAAACAGAUCAACUACGAGUUAGUGGGUGUUGUUGUACACAGUGGACAGGCUAAUGCUGGACAUUAUUAUUCGUUUAUAAAGGAGAGACGGGGUACAGUAUUAAACAACAAUAACAAGGGAAAGUGGUUUAAGUUCAAUGAUACCAUUGUAGAAGAAUUUGAGAUGAGCGAUGCUGCAGUGGAGGCAGAAUGUUUUGGUGGAACAUACAAAGCUAAAGUUUAUGAGCAGUCAAAUUCUUACCCUGAGGAUCGCCUACGUUACUGGAAUGGUUACAUGUUGUUCUAUGAGAGGAUGGAGGAGAGUAUGACCCCAUUGUCAGCAAAGAAAAGUAAAAUUGUUACAAGAAAGUUGUGGCCUGAUGGUGUUCCGCAAUGCAGUAGUAAGCGGGACAGUUUUGUUGAGUUGACAGAAUUAGUGCAUAAAGGUGAAAGAAAAGGAAUCUUCAUGGAUAAAAUGCCUGCCAGUAUACAGCGGUUUAUACAUAGUGAAAAUCUCACCUUUAUAAAGAAUCGUGAUGUCUAUAAUGAAGAAUACUUCAGAUUUGUGAAAAACCUGGUUGCUGAAAACUCUAAUCACACGAAGCAUGCUGACUAUAGUGAUAUGUGUAUGGUAGCACUAAGACUGGCUGUGAAAUUUCUCUUCAAUACAUACUUCAGAACAAAGAAGAAAACAAGAGCAGAGUUAGAUGAAUGGAUAGAUGUUAUUGAGGUAGUUCUGUCCAGAUGUAAGGAGGCGUGUUUCUGGAUGGUAGAGUAUAUGGCGAGUGAAGAGGGUGCCAGCUAUAUCAGACCUUUUCUGUUGGAGUCUCCAAACACGGAUGUGAGAUUGUCGUUUGCUAAAAUCUUAGAGAGAAUGUUGUGUAGUUUCCUAUCAGAACAUGGAGGAUUGCCUACCCAUAAAUGUUUAGAUGAGAUAUUGGUGCAUUUGUUACAAAUGUUGAACAAAGAUGUGAUAGAUCAUUGCAAACACAGUGUACAGUAUUUCCUCGUUCUUAAAUGCUAUGUACAGAUGGGAACAAAGGCUUGUAUACAUAUGUUCAAGUUAAAUGGGUUCAAGAGUUUAGCCACAUUUUUGUUAGGGAAUCACUCAUUAUCAUCCUCAUCGUCAUCAUCGAUGGACCAAGAGUCGCCAAGUCGGCGCUGGAGCUCGAUUCAGUCUCGGGAAUUUGGACAUCUUCAUACCAUUCUUGCAACACUUAUACUCAACUGUGAUGUUAAAGCUUUCUGGACAAUAGAGCCUGAAAAUGCUAAAGUAAAGAAGCCAUUGACUGUCACACCUCAAACGUUCCUGAAAAUGUCAGCUGAUAUGGAGAGAUAUACAUAUGGUCAGGAAUCUAUGAGGUAUCUACGGGAGGUUGUAUCAGCCAUAAGAGAAGUUGGAAUGCCUCUGAAGUCUGUUGAAGACAUGUUACUGUAUUGUAGCUUUUGUAACGAGACAUUCAGCACUACACUGCUUAAACAGUUAAUGAUGCAGUAUAUGAAUGCACCAUCCAAUGAACUGAAACCUGUAUUUUCUAUUCUCACUGAUCUGUUGUUGUUAGAGGAUCCUCUGCAGUUAAAACGACUACAGUUGGUUAUAGAUGGGCAUGUAGAUGACCAUGGGCAACAGUUUGAAGGCCUGUUAGCUGUGAUAAGACUGAACCAUGUACAGGACAGUCGUCGAUCCUACUGGUGUAUAAAGUUCCUCGUCAACCUUGUUAACAAGUGUCCUCUAGUUAAAGAUGACUUGCAGCAAACCAAAUCAAAAUGGCAGUGGGCAGUCAACUGGCUGAAGAAAAAAAUGACAGAAUACAGUUACUGGAGUUCCAGCAGUACAGCCGCCUCAAAUGAAGAUUCUAACAGGAAGUCCUUCCAGAGAACCAUCAGUGCUCAGGAUACCCUGGCAGAAGCCACAGCUUUGCUCACAGAGCUGGAGAACUAUGCUGAUAUGGAUACCAAUGGGAACAGUGUUGCCUCCCCUACAGAGAGUGAUACUAUGGCAUCAGGAGAUGUGAGUCCAAGGAAUCAGCCGACAGAUAACCAGUCUGAUUCACAUAUGUCAACCGGGAACCAGUCAGAUACUCACAUGUCAAUUAUGGAGGAAGACAAGGGAGAUAAGUCUGGCAAAGAUACAGAUAACUCUUGAUUUACUCAGGGAUAAAAACUUCAUAAGAGUUACUUGGCAAAGGAGAAUGGAAAAUGAGAUAAGUCUUGUUUUAAAUGUUUUUUAAAGAAAACUCUUUCAGAAUGACAAAGGACAUUCAUAGUGUUGUGGUGAGAUACAGUUUCCUUAAUGAAAUUGAAGGUUUGGCAUUUUGACUGACUGAGUUGGAGUACACCAGCAAUCUGGUUUUAUAUUUUGUUAUUUACUAGAUUCUAAUGAAGGAUGUUAUAUUGAAUAUAUAUACUAAUAUGUAAUACAGCCAUAAUGUUGAAAUAUGAAAAGGUGAUUAAUGUUAUGUAUAAAGUGCUACUGUAAAUAGAUUAAUUUUAGACUAAACAUUGCUCAUAGCUCUACAUACAGUUCUAAAAAGAAUACCAUAGCAGGUAUGUUUGUAGUAUUUAAAGGAGAAGAGAGGUAACUCAUAUACUGCUGAGAAAGGGGAGGAAAUUCAGAUACUGGAAAAAGGGAUUACUCUUGAUAUUAUACAAAAUGAAAGAGAAGAUAAAGCUAAAUACUUUACAGAAGGAAAACAAAUGAUGCUAACUCUUUGAUAUAAUGGACUGAUUUACAAGGAAAAGCAAGUAGAACUCUUGGAAGUUACACAGCUUUAGCCAUAUACAGCACAAGGAAAAGCAAAUAUUACUCAUAAAUGUUGUGUAACUUUAGCCAUAUACAGCACAAGGAAUAGAACUAUUAAUUGGAAAUUGUGCAGCUGAAAUAUACAUUUUUGAAUAAAGAAGAACUCAGUUUAAAGUAUGUCAUAACAAGUGAAGAUGUUAUACCUGAUAAUAAUUUUGUAUUUAAUAAGAUUGUUCUCCAUUCUCUAGGUAUAGUUUUAAAGCUGAAGCAGAGAAAGUCUCCUUGUCUAACAGAAAUGGAAACUGUUUCUGAUAGUUCAACUAAGAAAAACUGUUUCAAAAAUGAUGUGGAAAUUCUACACAAUAUAGUCUUAAUUAUUGAACUUGGAUGCAAUGCUAUACGUCAUUUUAUGGGAAAUUCAUGAACUUUAAUUGAUCUGCCGUAUAGGGACAUAUUUGUAGUUUCUCACCGACACUGAGUUACUGUCUAAUUCACAAAUUCAUUCAUUUCUUGCAUUUUUAGCUCACCUGUCACAAAGUGACAAGGUGAGCUUUUGUGAUCGCGCAGUGUCCGUCGUCCGUCGUCCGUCUGUCCGUAAACUUUUUGCUUGUGACCACUCUAGAGGUCACAUUUUUCAUGGGAUCUUUAUGAAAAUUGGUCAGAAUGUUCAUCUUGAUGAUAUCUAGGUCAAGUUCGAAACUGGGUCACGUGCGGUCAAAAACUAGGUCAGUAGGUCUAAAAAUAGAAAAACCUUGUGACCACUCUAGAGGUCACAUUUUUCAUGGGAUCUUCAUGAAAGUUGGUCAGAAUGUUCAUCUUGAUGAUAUCUAGGCCAAGUUCAAAACUGGGUCACGUGCGGUCAAAAACUAGGUCAGUAGGUCUAAAAAUAGAAAAACCUUGUGACCACUCUAGAUGUCACAUUUUUCAUGGGAUCUUUAUGAAAGUUGGUCAGAAUGUUCAUCUUGAUGAUAUCUAGGUCAAGUUCGAAACUGGGUCACGUGCCUUCAAAAACAGGUCAGUAGGUCUAAAAAUAGAAAAACCUUGUGACCUCUCUAGAGGCCAUAUAUUUCAAAAGAUCUUCAUGAAAAUUGGUCAGAACGUUCACCUUGAUGAUAUCUAGGUCAAGUUCGAAACUCGGUCACGUGCCAUCAAAAACUAGGUCAGUAGGUCAAAUAAUAGAAAAACCUUGUGACCUCUCUAAAGGCCAUAUUUUUCAUGGGAUCUGUAUGAAAGUCGGUCAGAACAUUCACCUUGAUGAUAUCUAGGUCAAGUUCGAAACUGGGUCAGGUGCUGUCAAAAACUAGGUCAGUAGGUCUAAAAAUAGAAAAACCUUGUGACCUCUCUAGAGGCCAUAUAUUUCAUGACAUCUUCAUGAAAAUUGGUCAGAACGUUCACCUUGAUGAUAUCUAGGUCAAGUUCGAAAGUGGGUCACGUGCCAUCAAAAACUAGGUCAGUAGGUCAAAUAAUAGAAAAACCUUGUGACCACUCUAGAGGCCAUAUUUUUCAUGGGAUCUGUAUGAAAGUUAAU